AUAUAUCCAAACAGGAAUCUACCAGCUCAGCUACCUUUUAUUCAACCACUCCGCGACGACUUUUACGAAGCCGCCAUCUUCCUUCGCCGAUUUUUUCAUUUCUGCUCCUGUAAACAGUUGAAGAGUGUGUGUUAUGUAGGGACAAACAAAGUGCUUCAGAGACAGUUUGAUCAGAAAAAUGGGUUGGGGAAAUCUCUUCUUCGCCGUCCUAGUAACCUUAUCGGUAGCUCUGAUUACAUACAAUAUUCUCAUCUCUGCCAAUGCACCUCUCAAGCAAGACCUUCCAGGUCCAUCUACUACAUCUUCGUCGUUUCUUUCUGUUGACCCCAUAAUCAAGAUGCCGCUGGAGAGGUCCAGGCGAUACGGUUCUGCCAAGAAGAGGCUGUUUCACGCCGCUGUCACAGCCUCCGAUUCAGUGUAUAACACGUGGCAGUGUAGGGUAAUGUACUACUGGUUCAAGAAGUUCAAGGAUGGACCUAAUUCUGAGAUGGGUGGCUUCACCAGGAUCUUGCACUCUGGAAAACCAGAUAAAUUCAUGGAUGAGAUCCCGACCUUCAUAGCCCAGCCUCUUCCGUCUGGCAUGGAUCAGGGUUAUAUAGUCCUGAACAGACCCUGGGCAUUUGUGCAAUGGCUUCAACAAGCAGACAUAAAAGAAGAUUACAUAUUAAUGGCAGAACCGGAUCAUAUAAUUGUUAAGCCAAUACCAAACUUAUCUAAAGAUGGUCUGGGAGCUGCAUUUCCUUUCUUUUAUAUUGAGCCUAAGAAGUAUGAACCAGUCCUCCGAAAGUACUUCCCUGAGGACAAGGGACCUAUAACAAGCAUUGAUCCUAUAGGAAAUUCUCCUGUCAUCAUUGGGAAGGAACCUCUUAAGAAGAUUGCCCCCACUUGGAUGAAUGUUUCCUUGGCAAUGAAGAAGGAUCCUGAAACGGAUAAAGCUUUCGGUUGGGUGCUUGAAAUGUAUGCUUAUGCUGUUGCAUCUGCUCUUCAUGGUGUUAGCAACAUAUUAUAUAAGGACUUCAUGAUUCAGCCUCCUUGGGAUACAGAAAUUGGCAAGAAGUUCAUAAUUCAUUACACUUAUGGAUGUGACUAUGAUAUGAAGGGUAAACUAACCUAUGGAAAGAUUGGAGAAUGGAGGUUUGACAAAAGAUCCUUUGACAGUGUUGCACCCCCUAGGAACCUUUCAUUGCCUCCACCUGGUGUUCCAGAAAGUGUGGUGACUUUGGUGAAAAUGGUGAAUGAAGCCACAGCAAACAUUCCUAAUUGGGGAUCAUAGAAGAAUUUUGGGUGGGUGAUUUCAAGGCAUCACUUUGUAUUUACUUGUGCACUGUGUAUGCAUGAAGGUGCGACAUUUGCUCAACAUUUUUACAAUCUAAAUGUAUGCUUUUAUCAGUUUGGAUUACACGCAAGCCCCAGUAAGUAAUAGAACUAUGCCACCUGUAUUUGUGUUUACAAGAAAUACAUAGUUGUUUUUGCAAGAAAACUAUUCUGUAGCAUAUACACGAGAAGAACAAGAUUUACAACUCUACUUUGUGGUUUAAUUUUACAAGCAAUAGUUUAUUGUUGAUUUUGAUUUAAA